AUGCCCUCCACAAUAUCCCUCCAACUUGCGAAGACGCCUUCACAGGCGCUUCCCUCUGCCAAAAUGAUGAAGUUGACAAGGGUUAUCAAGUCUCUUCGUUUCUUUCGUCGAGCUGCCCUUCCCUCCACCAAGGAGUCACAACCACCCAUCAACAUCAUUAUUCCAGUUUCGGACAAACCUACCAUGAACCUUAUCCCCGACAUACUUCUUUGCGAGAAGGGGGGCAAGCAGUCGAAGUCUAUUCUAAAGUCAUCACCAGUCGACAUUGGUAGGCUGGCCAUCAUCCCCGCCCUUGUCCAUGCCGAAUCAAUGGACACACUCAACACGAUGUCAUCGACAAACACGGACCUUUCCAAGCUAGAAAGCUCUCCGUCAUAUUCAACCAUUUCGACCACCUCCUCCGCCGACGACCUCUCCUCGUCCUCCACCAUCGAGGAGUUGGACGCGAUUGAUCCCCGACCAGUAAACCCCGAGAGGGCUUGGAGCCUCGAGUCCCUCCGCUCGUGUAUCCGUAAACCGCGUCCACCAAUUCGCCGCAUCGUCGCCAAGAAGGCGUCAAAGUGUGUGAGGUUCGGCGCGGUUGUGGAAUACGAUAGCCCAAUCGAGUGUGCAGAGUCGACGAAUAACUUUGAAGCACGCCAGCUCAUACUUCCUGCUAUCCCAGACCGUUUGCAAUCGAGGACGCACGCUCUGCAUCUUAGCUUGAUUAUUGUUGCGACGAUGAUCCGGUUCCUAAUUUACAAGGUAUUUGAACCGUGCGGUGAAUUGAAAGGCUAUUCGAUGGAAGUACACCAGCCCAUACCAGGCUUCUACGAUGCAGAGGAAUGGGAUUCGUGA